AUGAUGGCAGGAAGGAAAGCGAGUAGCAGAGUACAGCCCUUGGACUUCAGGCAUGCCAACUACAGCCUUGUCAGGCAGUUGGAAGCUCUCCACCUCCAUCUCCUUUGGAACAAGCCCUGUGGCCCGACCCCGCUGGCCAACAGCUGCAAUGAGCCCUGUGUCAGGCAGUGCCAGGACUCCACCGUCGUCAUCGAGCCCUCCCCUGUGGUGGUGACCCUGCCCGGACCCAUCCUCAGCUCCUUCCCGCAGAACACCGCCGUGGGAUCCUCCACCUCCGCUGCCGUCGGCAGCAUCCUCAGCUCUGCGGGAGUGCCCAUCUCCUCGGGGGGCUUUGGCCUCUCCGGCCUCUCUGGCUUGGGCAGCCGCUACUGCAGCACAAGGUGCCUCCCUUGCUAA